UUGACUCAUAGAUCUUACUCAGCAAGAAGAACCCUUCUUGGUUCACAGAACUACUUCACACUAUGGCUUCCAAAGCCUUCCUCCUCCUCUCGGUCACCGUUCUCUUUGUUGCCACAAGGGCUUCAUCAUCUCAUGAUCUUCAUGAGGAACUCAAGAUAAAGGCUGCUUAUGUCCAAAGCCAAGCACCGCCACCAAUUCCGAUUGUCAAAGCUCCGGCGCCACCACCUCUAGUGACCAAGCCACCAGUAGUUCCUGUGGCUCCAGUAGUGAAGCCACCUACUUAUGCUCCACCGCCAAAAGUGAUCAAGGCACCCACUCCAGCACCACCUCUAGCUAAGCCACCAACUUAUGCUCCACCGCCAAAAGUGAUCAAAGCGCCCACUCCAGCACCACCUCUAGCUAAGCCACCAGUGGCUCCAGUAGUGAAGCCACCAACUUAUGCUCCACCACCAAAAGUGAUUAAGGCACCUCCUCCAGCUCCAUCACUGCCCAAGCCACCAGUGAAGCCUCCCACCUAUGCUCCACCACUUCCCACUGUCAAAUCUAAAAAGGAUUGUAUUCCACUAUGUGAACAAAGGUGCUCUUUGCACUCGAGGAAGAGGACGUGCAUGAGGGCUUGCAUGACAUGCUGUGACCGCUGCAAAUGCGUGCCACCAGGAACUUACGGCAACCGGGAAAGAUGCGGGAAGUGCUACACAGACAUGACCACCCACGGCAACAGACCCAAGUGCCCUUAAAAAUAGUAAAAGA